CGAAAAGGAAAGCGUCGCAAUUGCCGACGAUAAGGGAAAAAAGCGCCAGAAAGCGAGUCAAUGGCGCAAUCUAAACCCCUCUCGUCGACUCCGGCAUUGACGCUCGACACUUUCUGGAUUGCUUCAUGUCUGCAACCACCCACUCACAGCUCACAAUGGGAGACGCACCGCUCACCCAGGACCGGAUCCUGAUCACCAACGCCAGCGACUUCGCCCCCGCUCUCCUCGAAGAGAUCCAGGCCAAGUUCGCCCACGCGGAUAUCACUUAUGUGAAGCUGGAGAACUUCACCCCGAUUCCCAGCGAAUACGCCAGAAGAGCCACCCACAUCGUGACGUUCAGCAACCUCCCCAACGUCGAGGAUGUGCCCAACGUCAAGCUCAUCCACUUCUUCUCCGCCGGCCUCGACCACAUCAUGACGCACCCGAUCGUUCAGAACACCCGCAUCCCGCUGACCUCCAGCUCGGGGAUCCACGGGCCCCCGAUCGCCGAGUGGGUGAUCAUGAACUGGCUCGUGGCCUCGCGGCGGUUCGUGAACAUCCACAGGAGCCAGGAGCGACACCACUGGGGCAAGUACGGCGAGUGGAUGAGCGGGGUCCACGACCAGGUGGGCCGGAAGGUCGGGAUUCUGGGGUAUGGGAGUAUCGGGCGGCAGAUCGGCCGCGUCGCCUCCGCCCUGGGCAUGCAGGUCCACGCCUACACGGCCUCGCCGCGGCCAACGCCCGCCUCCCGCGUCGAUAGGGGCUAUAUCGUGCCCGGCACAGGCGACCGCGACGGCACGAUCCCCGUCUCCUGGCACCACGGCACGGAUCGCGCCUCGAUCCACGCCUUCCUCGCCCUGGGGCUGGACCACCUCGUCGUCGCGCUGCCGCUGACCCCGCAGACCACGCAUCUGCUGGGCGCGGAGGAGUUCCGGCUGCUGGCGGAGCAUUCGCGGGGAGGCAGCAAACCCUUUGUGACGAAUAUCGCCCGCGGCAAGAUCGUCGACCAGACGGCGCUGGUGGCUGCGCUGCGCGAGGGUGUUCUCGGUGGCGCAGCGCUCGACGUCACGGAUCCCGAACCCCUGCCCGCUGACGAUCCGCUGUGGGAUGCGCCUAACGUGCUGAUCAGUCCGCAUAUCAGCGGGGCCGGGUUGGAGUAUAUCCCGCGGUCGUUGGAUAUCCUGAAGGAGAAUCUGGGGCGGGUGGCGCGCGGGGAGGAGAUUUUGAAUGAGUAUAAGCGCGGGAAGGGGUACUAACCCUUGCAUUUCCCACAGAAUUCAGAUCCGCAGACAGAAACAAGGUUAUACGAAAG